AUGGUGGUAUGGCGUGGCCUAGCCUUAGCCAGUGUGCACCUAUCGAUCGGUCGAGGUCAGGAUGCUCCAGAAUUUGUACCCGAGCGAUGUGGAACACUGACUUUCGACCAGAACCGAUUGCCCCAGGGCGAAUGGCGAGAACUGAUCUACGAACCAUUCAACCACUGGAGCAGGUACGGCGGCAACGUCCACCGCACCACGCGAGAUAUGGCCCUCUUGCUACGCAACGCCCUAAUGCGUGGUCGGGGCCACAUCGAAGGUGACAGCGGCUGCUCUUGCAUUUUUCUGCUGGCGGUGCUCAUUAGAGCAAGUGCCGACAUCAGCUAUGUUGGCAAUAGCUUUGGGUCGUUCUACGAUAUUGAGCAUGCGGCAGCAGCUGACCUCAUGGCAUACUUCUCCCACAUGAUUGCGAGGACUGCGGCUGCCCCGGUGGUGUCAGCUUGGCCGCUGCGCGCCGCUUGGCGCCGCACGCUCCAAACGUUCCGUGCCUUUGGCGCAGCACGGCAUGGUGACCGUGGCCGCUGCGGCUGCCAGGAGCCAGACAGUUUCCUUACGCCCGCGUUGCACCUUCUACGAAAUAUGCAGCCAUCAAACUGGGCAGUGGCUGACUGGACCAGUUUCUUAGACUUUGAGGACCCCAGGUUGCGGCAAUUGAUGGAGAAGAGUUGCACCUACGAGACUAGCUGUUCCGACGUGCAAGUCAUCGCCCAUUUGCUGUGUGCUGAGCACUUCUUGCUCGCGGGAAAUGCUGCCAGGUCCCUACAUAAACGUGGCAGGGCUGCGGAGGUCGCGAUGUUCGCACCCUUUUGCCACGAUGCUCUUCGGGCGAUUGGAUCUAUCGAAGAUGUUGUGUACAAUGCAGCUUUGGGAAUCACUGAGGCCAAUGCAAAGUUGACUUCUGCUUUUCUUCACCGGGCGUUGGUUUGGAGGCCAAUGCCCGCACGCUUUAUGGUGCAACCCCGUGUGGCGACGCACCACUUUGAAGCUCCAAUGAACGACGGCAGCGAAGGCCGUCAGCGCUUUGCCCUGUUCGCGACGCUGGUGCAGACUGAGGACCACUACAAGGAGCAGAAUUUUGUUCUGGAUGCGAUGCGGUUGAAAUGUUCUGCAGAUCGCUGGGGAGUGGAAUUGCCAUUCCACAUCAUUUACGGCGGUGGACUGAUGGAGUCUGAGUUGACCCUGCUGAUGAGAUUCGGAUUCAUCAUCGAGGAUUACUCCAAAGAGGUGGAUUUCAUCAAGAGCAAAUGCUGCGGGCUGUGUCCACAGGAGCGGCGAGAUGGCUGGGCCACAGCCUUCAAGCUGUUUGCUUGGAGGGCGGUCGCCUAUGACUUGGUGCUGCACGUCGAUAUGGACGCCUGCUUUGCUGGCCGAUCGCCGGCCAAUGCUUUGAAGGAUGUACAGAAGCUGAAUGUCACUUUCCUGAGCGACGAGUCUCCUUCAGGUUUCGGCUGGCAUUCACAUAUUUUUGUGCUGAAGCCAGCGAUGAGCAAAUUCAAGGAGAUCAUGGACUUCGAGUUGGGUAGCCCGUGCCUCAUUGGUUUCAUUUUGACGCUUCGGUAUGCUAGCGCUCAGUGCUUCGAGGAGAUAUGCACUGAGGAUUACAAUAGCUUGCUGCAACGGAAAAAACAGCGACGGAGCUCCAUGAGUUUAGAUGAUGCCAUCCAAAAAGCGCGCGAACUCGCCAGUAAGAUGAGUUUCGACGAGAAGUCACAGAUCGUGAAAGGAACGGCCUACGAUACCAACGUGUGGAAUCCUCCUCCGGGAUUUUUUGUGGGCAACACGGCGGCCGUGAAGCACUUGGGCAUUCCAUCCCUAAACCUGCAGUACAACGGUCAAGGCUACCGGACUACGGACGUCAGGAUCAUUGGCAAGGUCACUGCCUACCCUUCAACACUGGCCGUGGCUGCAACUUGGGACCGAGAGCUGGGCUUCACAUGGGGCGAGGCUUUGGGCAAAGAGUUCUUUGCCAAGGGCGGCAAUGUGCUUUUGGGCCCUGGUCUGAACGUGCAUCGCGUUGCUCGAAACGGGCGAAAUGUUGAGUACUUGUCCGGCGAAGCUGGUUUCCUGGGUGCGGAGCUCGUGCACGGCUAUAUCAAAGGAGUGCACUCCCAAAAUGUGGUUACUGUCAUGAAGCACUUCAUAGGGAACAACCAAGAGACUUUGCGCAGCUUCGUGGACUCCAUCAUUUCUCAACGGGCGCUGUGGGAAGUGUACUAUCAACCCUUCCAAGCAGCUUUGGAAGCAGGUUGCCUUUCAACAAUGUGCGCCUAUAACUUGGUCAACGGAAUUCACGCCUGCCAAAAUGGUGACAUUAUGCAGACGGACUUGAAGGACACCAUCGGCUACAAAGGCUUUAUCAUGAGCGACUGGUGGGCACUUCAUGCAUUUUCAGCUCUCAAAGGCUUAGACCAGGAGAUGCCGGGCAACAAGAUUGAUGGCAAUCCCAUGAAUCAGGUGUACGACACCACGAAGGACCUAUCGACCUUACCUGAGGACUUCCUGGAAUCAAUGGUGGCGCGCAUCCUGCUGCCGGUAGUGAAGUAUGGCUUGAUAGAGAACCCUGUGUGCAAUCCAGUCAAUGGAGGCUGUGACCACCAGAUCUACGAAGUUAAUGCACGGUCGCCAGAACAUCAACAGCUGGCACGGCGAAUGGUGGCCGAGUCUGUGAUUCUUCUCGAGAACGAGGACGAGACCUUACCCUUGGGCAAGGAUCUCACCAUCGCAGUACUGGGUUCGGCGUGCCAGUCGAAACAGGACAUCACCCAAAUGCUGGACAAGUGGGAUCUGGGCAACUACUACACCGUUGGCGGUUCUGGCAGAGUGAUUCCCAAAGAUCCUGUGUCCAUCUUGGAAGGCAUCCAGGAUGCCUGCAAGUUCGCAAACUGCAAGGUGCAUUCGGAUCUGUCCGAUGAUGCGGAGGUUGCCUCGAAGGUGGCCCAGGAGGCCAAAGCCGACGUCACGGUCAUCUGCGGAGCAACGACCUCGACGGAGGGGAUGGACCGUGCAAGUCUCAGCAUUGAUCAGGAAAGCUUCGCCUCUCAGUUGCAGAAGUUGCAGCUGGGGUGGUCGCGUUUUGUGGUCAUUUCAUGUCAUUUCCAGAGUUGCAUCGAUUUCACAGUCGUCAGAUGUCGUCAGGUUGUGGAGGUGGCGAAAAAGUUGGACGCUUUGGACGCCAUGCCGACAGUGGUCGUCACUCUGAUUCCGGGUUCCAUCGUGAUGCCUUGGACUUCAUAUGUGGACGCCGAGCUUGCAGUCUUCCUGGCGGGUGAGGCCACAGGCCUUGGCAUCGCAGAUGUGCUCUUUGGAUAUGUGAAUCCUGGUGCAAAGUCUCCAGUGACCUUUCCUUUGCACGAGUCUGAUACCAUCCCUCCUUGCGAGCCACCAAAGGGGAAACCAAUGGUGGAGCCUACGGACUCAUUUCCUUGCGACUACACGGAGGGCGUGAUGGCAGGGUUCACAUUUUAUGAGGACAUUGAGGUUCAAUAUCCCUUUGGCCACGGCUUGUCCUACACAACCUUUGGCGUUGAACUUGAGCCGAUCAGCGGAACAGACUGCGAUGCCAGAGCCUGCAUCACUGUUCAAGUGACAAACACCGGUCCAGUGCCUGGAAGUGAAGUGGUGCAGCUCUAUCUUGUGUUCCCGCCGGGUCUUGGAGAACCCAAGCGCGGAGUCCUCCGCGGUUUCCAGAAGGUCUCCUUGUUGCCGGAUUUCUCGAAGAAGGUUGUGAUGAAGCUCUUAGAAAAGGAUGUGAGCAUUUAUGAUGAGACCCAGAAGAAGUGGACCGUACCCAAGGGGAGAUUCACUGUAAUGAUCGGCUCAUCGAUUCUCGCUGCCAAGGGACAUGGUGAGUUGUGA